AUGGUUUUUGAAAAAAAUGUUAUCAGUAAUAACGUUGUAGAGCUGAAGCGUGAUGAGGAUAGUGAUCUUAAGCGUGACGAAGAUAGUGAAAUAAAGCGUAAUGGAGGGAGUGAUAUGCAGCAUGAUGGGGGGAGCGAUUUGAAUCACGACAAGAAAAGUGGUCAGAAUCUUGAUGAAAGAAAUUUUAAAGUCGAAGGUGACGUUGUAAGUAACAAAACUAAUGAAACUUUAAUGGAUGGUAAAAUGAUUAUUGAGUCAAUAAACAAAAUAGAAUUUGAAAUAAUUAAACGGUAUAUGGAACUAGAAGAUAUAGAAGGAGAUGUUACAAACAAGCAAAAGUUAGAGGAAGAUAUAAUAAAAAACAAAACAGAUAUUGAAGAUUUAAUAAGCACUAAAGAGCGUUUAGAAAAAGUUUUUGAUGAAAGGAAUAAUGGAAAAAGUGAAAUUAACGAUAUGCAUUUAAGAUUAUUUGAGAUGUUAGGGAAGUUACGCCAUAAUCCUUCGUUUGAAGAGAUCGAACGCGAGUUUAUAAAGUUGCUUGGUAGUGACGGUUACAAUGCGUUAAAAAGUGACAUUAAAAAUGUUCCAUACGAUGAUUUUAUGAAAGCAAAAGCUGUGUUUGACAAAUACAGGUUUGUUGAUUUUAAAACUCUCAAUGAAGAAAUCUCUCUUUCAGCACCUCAUUUUUUAACUUUAAAAUAUAAAAUUGAUAAGAUGCUAGUAGAAAUGACUUCUGCCCCAAAAAACAGUGGAGAUUCUCAUCGAUACCCUUGCAAACCAUUUAACUUAACAUCUACAGAUAACUCCUCUGUUAUUAUGAUAAACAGUGAUGCAGCAAUGACAGAUAUUUUAACACAAAUGAAUGAAACAAAAGGUUGUUCUCUUGUUUUAUUUUACAGUCCGUACUGUGAGUUUAGUGCUCGCAUUGCACCUCUGUAUAACGCGGUAGGCAGAUCUUAUCCACUAAUGCCAGUAAUUGCACUUGAUGCUCAAAGUACUAUCGGUAUGUCUGCUAGAUAUGGCAUUGUUGGUAUUCCAACGAUCAUCUUAUUUUACAGUGGAAAAGCAAUGGGUAAAUUUAAUGGUUCUCGCACUGCUCAACACAUGCAUUAUUUUGUUAAAGAUAACACUGGGUUUGAUCCAAUUUCCAUUAUUAAUAUUACGGAAGAAGAUUUUAAAGGCCCUUUAUCUUCAAUAGUCAAGGAAUCUCCUGAUUAUUUUCUUAUUUUUUCGACGGUAUUCUUGUUUUUGAUUGUCUUUUGGAUUAUUUGUGGAUCUUAUAUAGUAGAGAUGUGUUUGGCAAUUUACGAUAGAUGGAAUGCUGCUACUGUACAUCAUCAAAAGGUUGAAUAAAUUACGUUACGUUGCGAAUAAAUUACGUUAAAAUGUUUUUGAAAAUUAAAAAUAAGUUUUAAAGUGCUUUAUUUUCUCGGAAAACGUUUUGUACUUUUGAAAGCAACAAAAAUAAUACACCAAAGAUUACGUUAAAUUUUUUGUAGAAGAAAACAAGAAUUGAACUCUUUAAAAAUAAAGAUUGAAAUGACAAGUAAAAAUAACGAAAAAUCCUAACUUAUAAUAUGUAUUGUUUUUAUUUCUGCUUUGCGAUUACAAAUCUGCUCUUUAUACACGUA